GGUUAUAAAGACUCGAGGACAGUAACGCGAGGUGCGUCACAUUCUAUCACACACAGCGGUGAAGGGAUUCAUAAUGCUGAGGGUAUCCAACUGGUUGUGAAAACGACUUCCUCGGACUGCCGUUCUAUCGAGUUGUCAACAAUAAUGAGCCAGAAUUUGGGAUGCCCGCUACUCCCAUUUUAGGAGAUGAACAUCAUCUUUUUACGAACUGUACGGUCAUCUCUCUGAUCCUGUCCGAGUACUCGCCAUUUCUGGUGAUUAUUCUGGACACGCAAAUCCCGUUGAGUGAGAAUUUACUCAAUGCCCGAACGGUCAUGGAAGCAAAGUUGCCAAAGAAGAUUGACAGAUGGGAUGGUGACGCGGCCAAUUACGAAGCCCAAUUCAAUUGGCACUUCUCCCCCUAUGGUCGUUAUGUAGCCCUCGGUUUUGGUAACGGUAUCAUCGAGCUCAUCGACAUCGACCAACGCACCAUUUCCCGAUUCCAGCUCGAUCCACCCAACUACCCUGCCCCAUUGAAUUUUCCCAUGCAUGUCCUUAGCCAUGGUAGCACCCCCGUAAAUCUCGGUAUCAAUCGCCCCUUCCCUACGUAUAUUGAUACUUUAGUGCAGUCGGACAAUGGAUCAUUUGUCGGACGGGUUCCACGCAAGCUUUGGUUCUGCUCCCUCGCUUCCAUCGCUUCCAUCGCUUACAUCCUUCCGCUCAAUCCUUUGUUAGCCACCGCACGUUUGGGUUUUCUCCCGACUUACAGAGUUGGCUCCAAGCCUGGCUUCGAUCGUAGGAAUGAUAACAGCAUUGGACUUGCAUUUGUUGGUGCAGUUCUCGACGAUACUAGCCACGAUUAUGUCACCUCAACUUUUGUGGUUCCAACCGUUCGACCGACACAUCCAAUCGGCUUUGAGUACAUUGCUCUAGGAGUUGCAUUUUACUGCGACAAUAUCGUUUUAACCGCCCUCGGUAUUUCGGUUGCUCCCAACGGGACUGUUUACAUCAUUGGUACCCAAUGA